GCGACAGCUACGACCCGCCGCGCCGUGGGGCUGCCCCGCCAGCCGGCGGCCCCCGCGCCUGCCGCUGCGCCUGCCAGGGCCGGCCCGGGCCAGCCCGCCGCCCUGAGGGCGCUCCCCGGCGGGCCCAGCUCCCACGGGCGGGGGAGGACGCGCCGCGGGGGCUCCGGCCCCCCUCGCGUUUAGCAAAGCCGCAGCAAGGCCAACACGCCGCCCCUCACCGCCGCGGCGGGCGGCCCGGGGGCCAGGGCGGCGCAGAGGGAGAGGAGGAAACACCGCCGGGGCGCCGGGAAACAAACGGGAACCAUCGCGUCCGUAGUUUUCGCUUGUUUCGGCCUUUUUUAGGGUUUGUUUUUUCCCGCUGCUGCCGCCGCCCCACAGGCCGCGUCGCGCCUCCGACCUUUUCGUCAGGGCCAAGCCUGUGCGCAGGCGCCGCCCCGCGCAGGCGCGGCGCUGGUGGUGGUGGCGGCGGCGGCGGCGGCGAUGGGCGGGCGGCUGGCCCGCGUGUUCCGGAAUUUCAACGUGGAGAGCCGGGCCCGCCGCGAGAUCAGCAAGGAGAAGCCGACGCCCGCGCCGCGGCACCCCGCCUCCCGCCUGGACGAGCUGGCCGACCACCCAGAGAUACGACAAGAAAUUUACAGGAAGGACGAUAGGCUUCUCACCUUGUUAAAAGAUGUUUAUGUCGAGUCCAGAGAUCCACCUGUGCGGGUAGAAGAUGGAGGUGGUGAACAUCUUCCAUGUAAACAGGAGGAAAAGAGACUUACAAAACUAGGCCACUUGGGAGAGCUAGAUGUUAAGAAAGUUCCCAAAGGCAAAAUUUCCAUUGUGGAGGCUCUGACGCUUCUUAAUAAUCAUAAACUUCAUCCUCAAAUAUGGACCGCAGAGAAAAUAGCAGUGGAAUACAGUCUGGAACUGAAGGAUGUCAGCUCUCUUCUGGAAUUCUUCAUUCCUUUCACUGUGCAGGAAUUUCCUAAAGAAACCAAAAAAGCUAUAAAGCCAACAUAAAAAUAAUUACCAAAA